AUGUCAGCGUUGUGCGAAAAACGGAUUGGAAUAAGACCCCGACUACACACUUCAUUGGCCCCUGAGGUGGCGCCGUCGACCAGUCUACUACCCUUGGCCACCAGUCAUACCCCGUACGAAACUCAACUACACGAUCUCCCCAAUAUUUCUGUUUCCACUCCUAGAGGUUCAAAUGCAAUCCUAAACUGUGACUUUGAGACAACCGUUGGCGCCCUGCCGAGUGGGCUUCCAGAUGUGCCCGAACUUCACUCUCCCCUAACCUCUCGCCUGAAAUCUACAGCUCGCUUGGAUACCAACAGAUUGACCUUGACACCCUAUCUAUCACAACCUUCGAUGAGAUCCCCCAAUACAAUUGAAAUUAUCGAGUUGACGGCACCACCCGAAAUCCCCGAAGUACCAUGGACACAGUCUAUUGUAUCUCCAACCGCACCUGGAGACCAAUUGGCGGACCAAGCCUCUACUUCUGCUUCAUAUAAAUCACAGUCACUUGCCAUCAUUCGAGCACCUGCUGGAUUAACUUCUGGCCAGGCCAGCUUGUUUGAAGCACUAUUCAGUCUAGCGCAACCCUAUUCUAUAGCCCCUCCAGCAUUUGAACCCCUUCCUAACUCAACUCAGUAUCUCUCGUCAAGCCCGUCAUCAUCUUCGCAAUCCCCUUGGACAUCCCCUGAUGUGGAAGAUGAUGCGUCGGAUACAAGCGAAGACGAUGAUCAAGAUAACGCAAGACAAAUAUGGUGUUCGUCUCCCGUGAUGGACAGUUCGAUCCCAACCAAUUCACUGCCAUAUGUUUUACAAAGCUAUGCCAACUGGUUAAACUAUACCAUGUUCGAGCCACUAAAUCUCGUAUACCCCACCAAAGAAUGCGUAGUCUGGAAAUUUGGAAGCUCCCAAGAGUCGCGGACGAAAAUAAUCCUUAUUGCUAACGCCAUGAUAUACGAAACUAUCUGCAUAUUCAAAUCCAAGUCCCGAAUAACUCCGGCAUCAGAGAAACAGUACGCCCAAGCAGCGCUAGAUCACAUAGUUGAGAUAAUCGGGGUACAGUUGUAUUCAAGUCCGCUCUCAUCAGUUAUUCGACUUUUGGAAGAUACUGCCCCCGUCUUUCGCGCUGCAUGCCCAGAUCCCCCUACUCAACUCGUCAAUUUACCGGACCUUUUGCUUGGACCGUGGGUUCACUUGCGGUACUUUGCAGUCACAGACGUGACCCUCAGCAUUACUACCGGACGACCUAUGUUUUUCCGCUACGAUAUCGAAUUCUCUCUCGAACUUUGUGAACGGAUGGUCCAACGAAAAGUCAAUUUUGGUUUAACCUGGAUGCAUGGCAUGCCUGACCAAUUGGUAGUUUUAUUCGCAUGGAUGAACAGCUUACGGGAAGAAGCCCAGAUUGGGACGCCGAUUCGAACAGAGGUGAUUACUCGAAUCGAACAGGAUAUCAAACGAUUGAAGAUCGUGCCCAGCAAGGCCGCCGAUCCAAUGCUCAAAGUUGGGAGAUUUGUUGUUCAAGAAUGUUGGCGUCAGGCUGCGUACAUCUAUCUAUAUAUGGCUCUCUGCGGCGCCCAUGCACAGGACACGAGGGUUAAAAAACAGACAAAGGCGUUUAUGAGGCUCGUCAAUGGCACAGCGCCUGGGCGAAAUCCUGACGCUUUUCUAGUAAUUCCCGCGGUAGUCGCCGGAGUUGCAGCGACAAAGCUCAGCGACAGAGAAACACUGCGGGCGCGCUUAUCAGCGUUACCUGAAUGUAGACCGGGUACUUGCCGACACGAUAAUUUGCGGAUACUCGAGGACCUUUGGAUAAGAACAGCUGACGAGGGCCGACCGCCAGUUUGGGAGGACUUGCGAGUGAGUUGCUUGAGGAUUGUAGGUAUGUAG